AUGGAAGAAGACGGCUUCAUUCUCGUCCCCAGAGAGGCCGACGAGCACCAUUUGAGCAACCUACGAGGCUCCCAAGAUGAUGAUUCCUCCAAGUUUAUGUCUGAUAUUGAUGCCUUCAUCGGCGAUAUUGAGGAGCCCCUAUGGACCCUGAACACAUUCAUUCACGCAAACCCCGAACUCGCGUUCCAGGAAUACAAGACACAUCGAGCUUUGACAGAGUUUGUGCGGUCACAAGGGCAGGACUGGCGCGUGACUCCAUCGGCUUACGGAAUGGAGACGGCAUGGGUGGCCGUGUACGACAGCGGGCAACGGGGGCCUGUUGUUUCAUUCAAUGUAGAAAUGGCGGAAACUAUGAAGAGGUAUAGGUUACCGGGAAAGGUCGUCCUGUUUGGGACGCCUGGGGAGGAGGGUUAUGACGGCGGCAAGAUACGACUUUUGAAACAGGGCGCCUAUCAGGGCGUCGAUAUCUCUCUCAUAUCGCACCCCGGCAUUUUGCACAACAGUCCCCUCGUCAGAACUACCGCCUUUGCCCGUCUAGAAGUUGAGUACUUUGGGCGGGCUGCACAUGGGGCCAAGAACCCUUGGAUGGGAAUCAACGCCCUAGAUGCCCUCGUCAUCGCGUAUAACGCCGUGUCGGUCCUGCGCCAGCAGACUAUGUCCGGCGAUGUGAUUGGUUUGGCCAUUACUAACGGCGGAGGAAGGGCUACAAACAUUAUCCAUGCCUACUCUGCUUGCGUCUGCAUGCUCCAUGCGACUAGUGCUUCUCGCCUAGAUGCGCUGCAACGCAAAGUCAGCGCUUGUUUUCGUGCGGGCGCGGAAGCUACUGGAGCAACAGUCAAAAUCAACAUCACUCCCGGCUACCAAGAUCAUGUUCCGAACCGCGUUCUCGCGGCGUCGUACGCAAGAUACUGGAAUUUGUUACCGGACCCCCCGAAUCCGCCGAUCCCAUUACCCGAGCAGGGUAAUCAACAGUUCACUUGGGUGAGGUCGAGCACGGAUCAGGGAGAUCUUAGCCAUGCGAUGCCGAGUGUGAAUGCCAGCUUCGCGAUCCCCCCCGGCCCCGAAGGGGGGCAGCCACAUAGCCCCGAUUUUGAGAGGGCUUCGGGGACUAAGCCAGCGUUCAUGAGAGCCUUAAGGGUGGGAAAAGCGUUGGCGGGAACAGCGGUAGACGUGCUGGCGAGACCCGGUUUUGUUGACGAAGUCAAAAGACAAUGGAAGCGCGACAUGGAAACGACGGACGGGCUAGUCUACAAAUAUUUUCCAGUAAUAGAUUCAGCGCAUUAG